GAUACACGCGGAGAGCAAGAUGAGGACGCUGUACUUCGGCCCCGUGCCGCCGCCGGCUCCCGGGGAGGAAUUCGACAAACGUCUGUGGUUGAAAUCAUCCAUGCCAGGGAGAGAGGAUCGAUGCCCGAGGAUUGACCGUGACAAAGGCUGUGUCACCUUCAAGACGGAGUCGUAUCAACACCCAUUUCGAUAUCCUACCAAAGGACUAUUCGCCUCGUCCUUGGAGCGGUUGGAUUUCAACAUCAGCAUCAACAACACGGCAACUUUCGACAUCCAUCUCAUGGGAGACGAGAACCCAUGGUUACAUACACCCGUAUACUCUUUUGAAUUUAGCCCGCAGGUUUGUGCACUUGAGAAGGACACAUACGAAACAGCCUUCCAUCGAGAUUGCCGGCUGGAAGGUAGCAGUGGCCGUUUCUGGGUGUCGCUCACGGACGGUGAGAUUCAGUUGGGCAAAUACGGAGACACCACAGCGCUGGUGCGUGCAACCCAAACCAACCCUGUCGGCAUCUUGAGCAUCGAGAUGACGGGCGUAGUUGGUGAGCCACUCGAGGUGCGAAUCUACACACCCUGCUACUAGCCACGUCACACCGAGGGGUGACAUGCAAACGCUCGGCUCGGCUGAUGAUCUUGUUGGGAGAAUAGAUAGUCAAUGCAUACUUAGUUGAGGACUGUGCUUACCGUGACUUUAUUCCACAACAAAUUUUAAAGGGCUCACGAAGUCAAUACUUUAAAUUAGUUUGCGCCACUUUCUAAUCCUCUUAAGUUUAUGAAAACUAAUUGACAUCCAUUUUUUGUCAAAUUUUUUUGAUAAGUGAACUUCUUUCGACAUUUCAUAAAGUUUCCAUACUUUUCCUGACACAUGAGGGCGCUGUGAUGACAUAAGAAAUUAUGACAUAGUAUUAAUUAUUACCGCGAAUGGGUCAUUUGGGAGACAUUCCCAUAGACUUGUGUACAAAAUGUUUCAAA